GGUGGAACCGGUGAAUUUUUCAACUUCCAAGUUUUGCAGCGAAAGAAAGCAAGAGAGGGGAGGGGAGAAAAAAAAAAAGAGCACAGAGUAGAGACGAGAGGAGUUUGGAUUUAAUGUUUGGGAUUUUUUCAGAAGCUCGUUUCGAUCCCUCGGGGCUCUGGGCAACGGCGGCAGCAAGCAACCUCCACGCUCGGCCGGGUCAGACGCGGGGCGAGGCGGGCGGGCGGGCACGAGCGGUCGGCGCGGGCUGCAGCUGCUGCAGCUGAAGACCGCGCGCUGCGAACCUCUUCCGCCCCAAGACCUGCGCUCGCGCCCCCUCCCUCCCCUUGGCCUCUCCUUUCUCCCCGACCCACCCCGCCCCCCACUCCAGCCCUCUCCCGCGCGCACCCCGCCACCCGCGCGCACUCGCUCACGCUCCCUUCCUCUCUCCCGCUCCCUUCCUCUCUCCCUCCCUCCCUCCCCCUCUCUUUCUCUCUCACUCUCUCGCACACACAUACACACACACACACAGACACACACCACACAGACACACACAGACACACACAGACACACACACACACACACACACACACACACAUGGUUGGCGCUCGGCAAAGUUUCGCCUGCGAUCGCCACUCCAGGAUCUUGCCGCAGUGCUCGGGGCUGUAACCUUGAACUUUCCCAGCACGGUGACACAUUCUCUCUUUCCCUCCCGCCCUCUCCUGCGCCCCCCUCCCCGCCUUUUUUAAAAAAAGCAUUUCACCACCAACUACCACCCCAAUCCAGCCCACACCGAGCCUUAGCGCACUCACAAGCACCCCCCCAACAACAACAACAACAACAACAACAACAACUACAAAACAGAAAACAAAUCCCCAAACCCAGGAGAAAAGCAGCCAGCUCUGGAGGCGGCGGCGGCGGCGGCUUUGGCGAGAACGGUCGGCGCGCUCGAACUGCAAGAGGGUUAAAAGUGUAGAUUGGAUUUCACCCCGGGAAAUCUAGCUCGCCGAGUGAACUUGAAUCUUUGGCUAUUUAAGAAGGACUGGGUUUGUUGUGAAGUUGCGGCGAUUCAGCGCACAGCCCCGUUCUGAUUGAUUGCAUCGCGGGGCUCAGAUGACUGUAAAAUGAAUAGAUGAAAUUCUUGCUUCUCGAAGAUUUUCUUGGGCAUCUCCGGGAAAGUGCGUUUUAAGGCGAAGUCAUGAUGUAUUCUCCCAUCUGUCUCACUCAGGAUGAAUUUCACCCAUUCAUCGAGGCACUACUUCCACAUGUUCGUGCAAUUGCCUAUACUUGGUUCAACCUGCAGGCUCGGAAACGCAAGUACUUUAAGAAGCAUGAGAAGCGAAUGUCAAAGGAUGAAGAAAGAGCAGUCAAAGAUGAGCUGCUCAGUGAAAAGCCUGAAAUCAAACAGAAAUGGGCAUCCAGGCUCCUGGCCAAACUGCGCAAAGAUAUUCGCCAGGAGUACCGAGAGGACUUUGUGCUCACCGUAACUGGCAAGAAGCAUCCAUGUUGUGUCUUAUCCAAUCCUGACCAGAAGGGUAAGAUUAGGAGAAUCGACUGCCUGCGACAGGCAGACAAAGUCUGGCGUCUGGAUCUAGUCAUGGUGAUCCUGUUCAAAGGCAUCCCCUUGGAAAGUACCGAUGGAGAGCGGCUCAUGAAAUCCCCACAUUGCACAAACCCAGCACUUUGUGUCCAGCCACAUCAUAUCACAGUAUCAGUUAAGGAGCUUGAUUUGUUUUUGGCAUACUACGUGCAGGAGCAAGAUUCUGGACAAUCAGGAAGUCCAAGCCACAAUGAUCCUGCCAAGAAUCCUCCAGGAUACCUUGAGGACAGUUUUGUAAAGUCUGGAGUUUUCAAUGUAUCAGAACUUGUGAGGGUAUCCAGAACACCCAUAACCCAGGGAACUGGAGUCAACUUCCCAAUUGGAGAAAUUCCGAGCCAACCUUAUUAUCAUGACAUGAACUCGGGGGUCAAUCUUCAGAGGUCGCUGUCUUCUCCACCAAGCAGCAAAAGACCUAAAACUAUAUCCAUAGAUGAAAAUAUGGAACCAAGUCCUACAGGAGACUUUUAUCCUUCUCCGAAUUCACCAGCUGCUGGAAGUCGAACAUGGCAUGAAAGAGAUCAAGAUAUGUCUUCUCCAACUACUAUGAAGAAACCAGAAAAGCCAUUGUUCAGCUCUACAUCUCCACAGGAUUCUUCCCCAAGAUUGAGCACUUUCCCCCAGCACCACCAUCCCGGAAUACCUGGAGUUGCACACAUCAUCUCAACUCGAACUCCACCUCCACCCUCACCGUUGCCAUUUCCAACACAAGCUAUCCUUCCUCCAGCCCCAUCAAGCUACUUUUCUCAUCCAACAAUCAGAUAUCCUCCACACCUGAAUCCUCAGGAUACUCUGAAGAACUAUGUACCUUCUUAUGACCCAUCCAGUCCACAAACCAGCCAGCCUAACAGCAGUGGUCAAGUGGUAGGGAAAGUGCCUGGCCAUUUCACUCCUGUCUUGGCACCCUCUCCCCAUCCCAGUGCAGUGCGACCUGUGACCCUGACCAUGACAGAUACUAAACCCAUCACUACAUCCACUGAAGGUGAGGCAGCUUCACCUACAGCAACCACUUACACAGCCUCAGGCACAUCUCAAGCCAAUCGAUAUGUGGGACUAAGUCCAAGAGACCCAUCCUUCCUACAUCAGCAACAGCUGAGGAUUUGUGACUGGACCAUGAAUCAAAACGGCAGGCAUUUAUACCCCAGUACCAGUGAGGAUACAUUGGGAAUUACUUGGCAAAGUCCUGGUACCUGGGCUAGCUUGGUUCCUUUCCAAGUAUCAAAUAGGACACCCAUCCUACCGGCAAAUGUCCAAAAUUACGGUUUGAACAUAAUUGGAGAACCUUUCCUUCAAGCAGAGACAAGCAACUGAGGGAAAAUGAAAUACAACAAUAGUUUAAGAAAUGUUUUUAAAAUAACCAGAACAGAAGAAGACUGGAUAAAACAAAAUAAACAAAAAGGGAGAAAGGAAAGAAACUGAAGAAAGAAGAUAAUAGACCAGCAAUUGCAGCACUUACAAUCACUAAUUCCCUUAAAGUUGAAACUGUAAUGACAUAAAAAAGGGUCGAUGAUAUUUCACUGAUGGUAGAUCACAGUCCCUGCAACGUAGCCUUUGUUACAUGAAGUCCGCUGGGAAAUAGAUGUUCUGUCUCUAUGACGAUAUAUUUUAACUGACUUUCUAGAUGCCUUAAUAUUUGCAUGAUAAGCUAGUUUUAUUGGUUUAGUAUUCUUGUUGUUUACGCAUGGAAUCACUAUUCCUGGUUUUCUCACCAACGAAGGCUAGGAGGCGGCAUCAGAGGUGCUGGGUGACAGAGCCAUGAGCCAGCCAUUUUGUAAGCACUCUGAUUUCUAAAAGUUAAAAAGUAUAUAUGAAAAUCUCUGUAGCCUUUAGUUAUCAGUACAGAUUUAUUAAAUUUUGGCCCUUAACCCAGCCUUUUCCAGUGUGUAACCCAGUUUGAAAUCUUAAAAAAAAAAAAAAAAAAGAGAAAAAAAGAAAAAAGAAAAAAAAAAACAGUUUGAACACAAAGGCUCUAUGGAAGAAAUGCCUCUAUGUAGGUGAAGUGUUAUCUCUGCAUGCAACAGUAAAAAAAUUAAUAUAAUAUUUUCCCCACAAAAGAAACACUUAACAAGAGGCAAGUGCAAUUUAUAAAUUAUAUCUAAAGGGGAAUCAUGAUUAUAAGUCCUUCAGCCCUUGGACUCUAAAUUGAGGGGAUUAAAAAGAAUUUAAAAUAAUUUUGAACGAAUUUAUUUUCCCCUCAGAUUUUGAGGGCAUUAAAAAGGCAUUAAAUCAAGACAAAUCAUGUGCUUGAGAAAAAAGUUAAUGAAAACACAGCACUUAUGUUGGUUUAGCUGCAGCCUCCUUGGAGGUAGAAUUUAUUUAUUUAAAAUUACUGGUUGCAUCAAGAACCCAUAGGGUGUACCAAGGUUCAGUAAAAUCUCCAUUAUAGAGACAGAGGCAGGCAAAUCCAUGUCACAAGGGUAAAGCUUACAGUUUACAAACUGGGAAUGCCAGGGUGUAGAAUCUAAAAAUGCACUCUUAAGGAAACAGAUGUAAUCAGGGUGCUGAAAACUUGCAUGGUGCUUUCAGACAUUAGCCUUGUUCAACAAAUUUCUUGUAUUGACGGAUCUGUAGUGUGCAUGGGCAGACACAUUUUGCCUCUAUGUCUCUUAAAAAUUUAAUUAAAAAGUACUCUUUCCAGUAAUCCUAAUUUGCACGAAGAUAUAAUGUCCACAUUACGUGCCUUGCCUUGAAAUCUAAAAAAUGGAAAAAAUAACAAAAAAAAAACCACAAAAGGUGACAUCACUACACUUGUUUUGCUGCAUUUAUUAUCAUUUUAAAUCUUUACCAUUUUUAUGACAAAAUGUUUUGUACUCCAGACGAAGAAAAAUGUGUGACAUCAUGGAUUUUUUAGACAGUUAUACCUUUAUCUCACAUUUAUAAAGCAUAUCAUGGCUGUGUAUAGUUGCCGCUUAAAAAUUGUAAUCUACCAGCAAUAUUUUCAGUAUUUUGGUGUUUUUUCUAUUAACCUUUCAUGUUUUUCAUCUUCCAAUUAAUAUUUGGGGGGAGGGGUUUCAAAUUUAUACGAAUUAUGCAAUACCAAGUUUUGCCUAUGUAGGUAGUGCUUUUAGCUGUAUUGGUUAUUAUAGAUAAGUACACAGAUUUAAAAAAAUAAUGUAUGCUUUUUUUGUUUGUUCGUUUGUUUGUUUUAAUUGACCAAAGUGGGUACUGCUAUUUUUGCAGUGUGAUGAGGUCCUUUUGUGUACUGAGAGAUGGACAGGGGAUUUUUUUAAUAUAUAUAUAUAUAUAUAUAUAUAUAUAUAUAUAUAUAUAUAUAUAUAUAUAUAUAUAUAUAUUCUGGGGUGGGUGGGAGGAUUUUUAACACUUUACAGUGUAGCUGUGAAGCAGUGCACCCUGAGAUGGGCUUGGGCUGCAAAGCGACUGUUCUGCCUACUGUGACAAAUUUCAACUUACACAGGUUCCCCCUUCUCUAACUUCCUACCUGGGGUGCAAGCUGAACUCAUUUCUGGUUUUCAUAACAAGAAUAGAACAGACACAACAAAUUUUCCUGGAGGCAGACUUGGCUUAAAACAGACUGUCUUAUCUUUUCUUUUGUUGUUGGUGGUAAUUCUUGACAAUUUCUGAUCCAUAAUAGACCCUGAGCUUAGCUCAUAUUUGGCAAAAAAUAUUUGUUGGAAAGUCCACAUAGUGUAUAUUUCAGACUUUUGGGUUUAACAGAUGAGUACAACUUUCUCUUUCAAAAUACUCUGUCCCAGCUGAAGGGAGUGUUCUUAUUAUCGCCCAACCACUUCUCUUCCUCAUUUAUUUACUUCACUAAUGAUACAUAAUUUACCCAUGACUUCCUACUUCAAAUGGAUGGCUGUCUUUGGAAACAUUUUUUUCCUAUAUAUUAGACAACUGAACAAAGAGAUUCUAUUAUUAAAUAUAUCUGGACUUAUAAAUUAAAAUGGAAUUCAACUUUUAAGAAACAAAAAUAAGUAAUGAUUUGGGGAUGUUUUUGUUUUACCUGCCUUUGAGAACCAGAGCAGAAGGGAAAUACAGAAUUUUAAGAAAGUAAUUUUCCUGUGGAUGAAUUAAAAGAUGCUGAUAAGGUUUUAAAGAGCAUAGUGCCUCAUAUACAUAUUUGAUUGAGACACCUUCCCCCCAGCAUUCCCCCCCAUACACACACAUUAAGGACUAGAAGGUAUAUGAAAGCUGGUUUUAUUUUUUAUUUAUUUAUUUUUACUGUCUGUCACCACAGUUACCACUGGGGUUUGGUGAGGCUGGUUUUAUUUUGCCCUCCCUGCCUGCCACCUCCCAGUUCUACUGAAGGGAUUCAUUACCAAAAGGAAAAUCAUUCAAAAUUAGUGACAAGUAGGAGCUGUCAUGAGUAGAACCUAACCCCUUUUCCCAAGGCCAUAACCUAUUAAAAUAAACUUUCCAUAGUUUUCACCACAUUAUCAUUUAAUAACAAAUAUUUUAGAGCAAUGGAUAGGUACCUGAGAAUUGUAUUUGAUUAACUCCCGAUUAACUCUUUCAAUUUGGUAGCCCAAAUGCUGAAUAGCACAGCUGGAUCCUAGCAGCUCAAGUUUAAAAGCAAGACCCAAUCAUUUUUCUGAUACUUAAAUUGGUAAGAAACAGAUCAUCUCACCCAAGCUCUUCUCUAAUUUUUGACCUAGUAGGUGAACUAAUUAACCUCACAAGACAUGCAGUAUUUUUAAAGGCAGUCUCUCUCUCCCUCUCCCUCUCCCUCUCCCUCUCCCUUUCCCUCUCCCUCUCCCUCUCCCUCUCCGUGUCUCUCUCUCUCUCUCUCUCCUUCUCUCUCACCAGUGAAUGAGCAGUUCUAGCUAAAUAAGUUACACACUGUGGGUAUUCCUGCCUGCCUCUUGAAUACAAAGGCCUAGGUCAAGUGUUGCUUUUGUUAUUGUCUUUUUUUUUCUCCUUUUCUUUUGAGAAAAAAAAGAAACUAUUAAAAAUACUAUAUAUAUAUAUAUUUAAAAAUCUCAAAUCCAUGUUUUGGCCUCCUCCUCUUUUACCAGGAAGUAUAUUCUGAAGAAGGGCCCCACUUUUGCAGGUCUUGCACUCCCCUCCCCUACCCAGAACUGCAGAGCUUCAGGAAGGUGAAGGUCGCCCAAGGACAUUGGCAGGGGCUAGUGUCUCCAGCCCCUGUUUUCUUGGCAUUAUGUUCAGCUGUAGUUGGCAUAGCUUUGCAGCCCACCACUCACAGUGCCUCUGAAGUGUUUGCUCUGGGGUGACAUGAGCAUUUGAGGCUUGUCUAAGGAAAAAAUAAAUAAGUAAUGAAAGGCAGUGAAGGAGACUGUACAUAAAGACAUGGCAAAAAAAAUCUUAAUUAUAGCAAUAUAGUUAUGGGGUAAUGUUCGGGUGGGCAGCUCCAUUAAAAAAAAAUAUGUGAAUGAAUCUGUGAAGCUGCAAGUAGCAAGAAGAAUGAAAGGUCUUCUUAAUGAACCGCCUACCUUGUAGACAGUAAUUUGUACACUGUAUAGUUUUGUUAAGAAUUUUUUUUAAAUUAAAAUUCCCAUGUUUGUAAAGCUAACUUUUUAACAAUUAUAAUGGAACUAUAUGUUGUUUCCAUUUUUAAAGUAAGCAAGAAUAUUCCUUGUUUGGAGAUUGGACUUGAGUUAAAACUCUCCAGUCUCUUAAGUUAUGUAUUAAAAAAGAAAAAAAAAAAAGAAUCUGUCCAUGUUAGGAGUUAUUUCACAGAUUCCUGUGCUUGAAAAGCAUAGGAUACUAAUCCUUUAAAAAAGUGUAAAUGGAGAAAAGUUAUAUUUUAUGAAGGUUAUUUUGUUGUAUUUAGUAUUGGAAAAGCUGGUUUUCAGAGCAUUUCAGAAUGUCAGAAGCACCACUGUCUUUUUAUUAGUAUAUACGGCCUUUAGCAAAAGUUUUUGUGAUUGUUACAUGAUGGUAUUUAAGUUUCACAGAACAUUCAGGAUAGGCAGAAAAAUGAAACAGUGCUAUGUCUCACGUAAUGUGUCCUCAGGGAGCAGAAUCUUGGAUUUGUGACUUGUAGCUUCAUAAGGACUCAACAAAAGAGAUUGCACAGGGACAUCUUCAAAGGUGUGACACCAGGACAUGAUCUUUAUUUAGAUUCAAAAAUCUAUGUACUGUGUCAAACAAUGAAGGCUGCAGAAAAUUAUCCCAUAUUCAAUGUACAGUAUUCAUUUUUUAAUAAGACAACUACAAUAUUGCUGGCAGAUAGGCCCCAAGCAUGACAUUCAGUAUAGUUUACAUGUUCCUGUCAAGGUCUUUUGUUAACAUUAACCAGCUGCAUGCUUCCUGGACUUUAAAAAAUUGGGUUUCUACAUAAAACUUUUUUUUUUUUAAUGUGCAGGCUAUUCAAGUUUAAUGGUAAGAGCUCAAAAUUGAAUGUUCUACUCCAUGGCGAAGGAGCUGAAAGCUGCCUUCUUCAUAUUUUGCACUUUCUGGUAGUCCCCCCAUUUUUUCUAAAUCCUUAAAAAUUGUGUGGGUUGGGUGGAGCACUGCAGUUGGGGGUAACAUGGACCACUGAUUUUGCCCUUUGACCCUGCACAAUAACCUUUGCAUCAGCCAAACUCAUUGCCAUGACAACUCUUUGUACUGUGUCUGUGCCACAGAUCUAUUGGUUACAUUGUUAAUAGUAAAGGGGACAAGUUGAAGAUGGUCAAUUUUUACAAUUUUUGUUGCAAUUUUUUUCUUUAAUGGUUGUAAGUAGUCUUUUUUUUAAUAAUAAAAAAGUUCACUAGUUAAUACUCUUUAGAAAUAAUCUGUGUGUUGCAAAUUAAAAUGUAUGUUGAGAUUGUGAAAAACAAACAGAAAAAAAAAAAACACUUCAGUGCCACUAGCCUACCAGUUUGCUAGAUUCAGCCUUUGAGAACUUUUAUUGCAUGAUACAGUUCCAGUAACAAAAGGUGGCCUAAAUACAUGAAAAGCAGUGUAAGCUAGUGACACUAAAGCCUGUCUUGUAUUACUGUAUUUUUCACAGAAUGGUUUUGAAAACUGUGCUACAGGGACUGAUGUGGCAAAUAUAUCUCUUUAUGCAGAAGGCAGUCUUUUUUUUUUUUUUUAAAGUAUGGCUUAUUAUGCAUUCUUCAUUGAGGGCAUUGAAGUUGCAUGGACUGAUAAAAGUUGAUGCAAAAUGAGAAAGAAACAAACAAACAACAAAAAAAAAAAACCAGCAAAAUGUUUACCAAAAAAACUCAAACAAAUGAGCAGUGCCUGUUCAAUUUCACAGUCUCUGUUGAGUUCAGUUGUAAAUAUGUUUCAAAUGACAUUUUCUUGGAAAAAAAAAUCUCUACAACAUUGUAGAAUGUGAGGGGUAUCUAUAUCCCAGGCAUAGGCUUCUCAAAGCUGCAUUAGAUUAUGUCUUCAUCAAGCUGUUAAUUUGUGCUUAUAUCAUAUAGAACCUUUAGCAUCCUGGGAAGAGGUGCCCCCGCCUCAGUGAUAUUUCUCUGAGAACAACUUUUGUAGGACUGUGUGUUUCUUUAGAUACAUUUAGUACAACUGUAGGUGACGAGUAGUCAGUUAUUGCUUGCUAGCUACACACCAGGGUUGAUCCAUUUUAAAACUUUUGGCAUUUUUGUCCCUAUGGGCCAUAAAUACAGAACUUUGUAUUUUAAUUAAAAUUUUUAAAUGGAGAAGGCACAUGCACAAUCUCUGUGUAACAAACCUUUAGUAGGAUGUAUUAUAUGACAGUUACUUAAUUUCUGGUGUUCAGACCUCUGGGAUCAGUCCCAGACUGGGCCAGAAUGUUAGGGAAGGUUUUAUUGUGCCCUGUUGGUGGAUAACGUUCUUUGGGUACUUUUUGUGGGCUGCAAAUGAACUCAAUUGCCACAAGUUUUAAACUGGUGUAAAUCAAGCUUGACUUAAUGUGAUUGUUACUGUUAUAUCCAGCCUAUACUGCUAGCAGCUGCUCAUACUGCAGUCAAUUACUGGAAGCAGAUAUAUUUCCUAUGCAAAAACUGUUUAAACAAUAAAAUGAGCUAUGCUACAGA